GGUGUGUGCAUCGAGUUGGGGUCCGCGGUGACGGUGUUGAUAGCCAGCAAUCUGGGCAUCCCCAUCUCCACAACUCACUGCAAAGUGGGCUCAGUGGUGUGUGUUGGUCGUUUCCGCGCCAAGUCUAAUGUCAACUGGAAGCUCUUUAUUGAGAUCGUGGUUGCCUGGGUCGUUACCCUCCCCAUUUCAGGUGGACUUUCAGCUCUCAUCAUGUAUGCAUUUACCAGAACCCAACCCCUCCUCUCCACACCCUAG